AUGGGUGAUAAAAAGCUAGUUUAUAGUUCUUUUGCACCUAUGGACCUUGAUAGUUCAAAGGCACAUGAAAUGGAUUUUUGUAACCUUGUAAAUGUUCCUGUUGGCCAAAUUCAACAACAGGCCCCUGUUCCCAAGAGUCAGAGGUCUUUUGUUAGGAUUGUCAGGAGUAAAAUUGUUGAGUCUAAAAAUAACCUUGAUAAGCAGGUAGCUUUUUGUGAACCUCAAAGUGAUAAGGCUAAUUUGAAAAGGAAAACCAUAAUUGAUGCUGAGGUGUCUGAUCUUGAUCCGGGUGUUGAACAGGGAGUAGGGUUGACUCAACUGUCAACCAGUGCUACAGCUCUUCAUACUGGUGAUGACAGGGUGAGGAGACAAACCAGGGGGAUGGCUCUGGAAGUUCACAGCUGGCAAUACUCUAGGGAUGAGGGCAGGUGCUAUUUAGUGGAGGAUGUGCUAGUGAAACAUCGGAGAUGGUUGAAAGAUGGACUGGGUGUUGCUGUGACUAUAUGUUUUGCUGGGGGCCGUGUUGGAUCUGGUAGGGGAGUCCAUGUGGACAUGUCCAUUGUGUAG